AUGGAAAAUCGUAUUUCGAGUAUUCGAUUGACAUUGAUCAAUGAUGAUGAUCCUUAUUUACGUUCGUUAACCUAUUUCAUCCGAACCGGAAUUCAAGGCUCUAAUGCUAUACUUCGUUUAGGAUCGUUUAUGUUGAAAGCGCAUCAAUACGACAAAGCCAAAAAUAUUUUCGAAUUUGUCCUUAGUGAUUCGACACUCAAAAGUAAAGAUGAACUUGUCUAUAUCCAAGAUUCCCUUGGAAGAAUCUAUGAUGAGAAAAAUGAUUGGAAAAAAUCACUUGAGCAUUAUAAGAAGUCACUUGACAUUAAAUUAACCUAUCUGACUGAUGAUGAUCCACACUUGGCUUUGGCUCAUACUCAUCUUGCUUCUCAGUUAGAAAAAAUGGGCAAAUUUGAUUCGGCAAUGGAGCAAUAUCGAUGUGCACUUGAUAUAGAGCUGAAAUCUCCCGUUCCAGAUAAAAAACAAUUGGGUAUGUGUUAUAUGAGCAUGGGUGAUCUACUUCGUCAGCUUAAGCAUUUCGACGAAGCACGUACGAAUCUUAAGAAUGCUUUAAAGAUUCAACAUGACAUUCUUCCAUUUACUCAUCCUGAUUUGACUAAAACACGCAGUCAUUUAUUUGAUGCUUGUUAUUCAAUGGGUGAUUAUCUUACAGCACUUGAACAAGCUAAAGCAUUACUGCGCAUAGCCCAAAAAUCCUAUCCAGCCAAUCACUUUCAGAUUGCCAUUGCUCAUAAUAAUAUUUCUACUGCUUUAGAUAAACUCGAACGAUAUCAAGAAGCACUCGAAGAAGUUGAAAAAGCGGUAAAAAUUGGACAACAUACUUAUCCAUUGGGCCAUCCUGAAAUGAGUGAGAUAGAGAAUUUGUUAGAGAUAGUUCGCUGGAAGAAUGCUCAACUCGUUGAUCUUCACUAA